UGGUGGGCAUUGACUGAAGAGAAAGACCAGUCAGGUGUUAUUGGUGGAGUGUUUAACUCGAUGGUACAUCAAUUUAAUUUCCCACAGGGAUACCUGCUCUGCAUCUUGAAGACGUUGGUGCAAUGAUGGACAAGAACGAUAGCCACAAGAAACCCAAGAGUGAUGACGAGACAGCGACAAUUGGGUGGAUGGAGCUCGAGGACAAGGAUAUCGAAGUUAUCUACUUCAAGGGAAAACUGUACCGCUGCCCAAUGUGUGAGCACGCGUUCAGGACUAGGAACAGCACCAAGGAUCACUUCAACAAAGAACACCGGGGCUUCCGGUUCCAGUGUCCAUGUGGAAAGGAGUACAAGUUAAAAGCCUCUCUAACGAGACACCUGGAGAAAUGUGAUCAAGUUUCUGCCGCUGAGGCAACGGACUAAACGAUACAAAUUGUCAUUGCAUUGGCAAAUUCAUGUUUAAUACCGAUAAGCUGAAAAUAUUGUGAAUUAUCAUUAUUUCGACAAUGUGUUCAUAUAAGUACCCAUGUGACUCAGCACUCGUAAGCACCCAAGUCUGUUGUGGUGAAUUGUAUGAACAGAAAGGUGAUUCUGGGUUCGAAUCUUGAUUAUAAUGGGUGCGUUGAACCAUAUCCAGUCUGGUUGCUGUGACCAAUUAUUGAUGCCGUGCAUUCCUUGGGAUCACCUCCGGCGGUGGGGUAGCCUAGUGUUAAAGCGUUCGUCACGCCGAAGAC